AUGAACAGCGUCGACAAAUGGACGAAGUACAAAUGGGCUCUGCUACUUUCCGUCAUCACCGUCUUCGCCUAUGGCAUUGUGGGCCUUGUCUACGCAAUCCUUACUUGGUUCAGAACCUGGAAGCACGCCGACGUCAUGUACGUUGCGGAUAACGACGUGCUCAUCUUGAUCACCCUAGCGGCCUCGAUCCUUACCCUCUCUGCACUCGUCGGCUUCACUGGCGCUCUUCUCAAUUCGCGGCCACUCCUGGCCGUCUACGCCCUCCUUCUGUGGCCCGCCCUCAUCGCGCUUGCUGCCGUCGGCUAUGCCAGCUACAAACGUGCCACCUUUGCCCUAGACCGCAAGCUUAGCCUCGCGUGGAGUCAGUACUAUACUCCGCUUGGUCGACUGCUCAUUCAGAACGCACUGCACUGUUGCGGCUUCUAUAACGCAUUACACGAAGCGACACAAAGCACCCGCUGUUUUUCCCGCACGCCUCUUCCCGGCUGCAAGGGGAAGCUCUUUCGAUUCGAGCGCGAAAAUCUGGGCACGAUCUGGAGCGUCGCAUUCUCCAUCGCAGCGCUGCACCUGAUCAAUAUCGUCGUAGCACUUCUCUGCGCCAACCAUGUCACAGAUCGAUUUGGAAAGGGUAUCACGCCCAAGCAAUAUCGCUUGACCGGUGCAGACGUUCAGGAAAAUGCGGAAAAGAUAAUGACGGCGCUGACAGGAAAUAGAGGGGGUGUAGCGCGUCCGCCGAUAUCGAGGGCGUCGUCUAGCAAGGCGUUCCGCCAAGACAGGGAGGAGAACGAGCCCUUACUAUCAACCUAA